AGUAAUGCUGCGGCCCUGCCGCGGCUAUUAUGGUAUGGUCAUUGCCUAUGUGUUGUUUAUUGCUGCUGCUGACUGCUGCUGCUGAGACGACGGAGAAUGAAUGUUAGAGAAAAAUUCUCCGUGUCCAACUGGAACCAGUGACACAUCGGACACGUUCCACCGAUUUCAAACGACUUCGACAUUCGCCGCAUACCUAGAAUGAUUGUCUGCUGUUCUUUGCCUUGCGGCUGCCCUGCUGCAAGACACUGAGAGCGGCAGCUGGACGGGGACGCAGAAAGAUUAAAGGGAGAUUAGCUAGCGGCACUCAAGCCUACCAUCGCAGAUACAUCUUUGAGGAAACAUGGCACGGGAACCAGUGAUUCUCAAUGUUUACGAUAUGUACUGGACGAACGAAUGGACGUCCCAUCUCGGCGUCGGAGUUUUCCACUCAGGAGUGGAAGUUUACGGGACGGAAUACGCUUACGGAGGUCAUCCGUUCCAGUUUACCGGCAUUUUUGAGAUUAUCCCGAAGUUUGCGGAAGAGCUAGGCGAUAACUUCAAGUAUAAGACAUCGAUUGUACUGGGACAGACUGACUUCACGGAAGGCGAAGUACGAAACCUGGUUGAGAGUAUGGGGGACGAUUUCCGGGGCGAUCUCUACCACCUGAUGAAUAAAAACUGCAAUCACUUCACAGGGGAUCUCGGCAAGAUUCUCUGUGGGGGCGAAAUUCCCUCUUGGGUUAACCGGUUAGCGUACAUCAGCUCGAAAGUGCCGUUUCUUCAAAGGUGUAUCCCUAAAGAAUGGUUGACACCCGUAGCACUGCAGCAAAGUUUAGAUAGUCACCAGGAAGGCUCGAACACGCCGCUUCAUCCGACAACGCGAAGUCGGACAUCUAGUUUCACCAAUUCCCGAGACUCGGGCUUGCCUGCUUCGCCACCUUCAUUGCCACAACCGGCGCCGAAUGAACGGCGUAUCUAGUAUCUCAUUCGGGAACACAGCAUGUAUUUUACGACAAGGCCACAAAAACGUGCGAUGAAUCGCGAGCGGCAUCGUCACCUCAAUCUUGUUGGAACAUUGGAGCAGCAGCGGAUUCGGGUCCUUAUUUGCAAGAGCGAUCGCACACCUUGUGAUAAAACAGACGAAUGACCCAUUUAUUAUCAAUCUCAAUUAUCAUCAUCACCAGUUACCUGGGAGCACGGUACGCGGAAAAAUCAUCGCGAUGAAUCCCAUCUGUAUUCUGUUGCUCCGUUCUUCGGUCUAGGUCGAACACGCGGCUUCCCUGCGCCUAAAAAUCAACUCAACAUCCGCGCGUAAACUUCGUGUAGCUCUCUUACGAAGCAUUCUUCAUUGAUCGGAUCGACCGUAAUGUUAUGGUAUGUGCCGGUCAUAGCUUGCUUGUAACAUCGAUGCCGCAUGCUACUUUCAAGUAACGACUGUUAUUUCUAUUAAUAUUAUUAUUAUCAUCGAGUAAUGAGUGAAAUGUGAUAAAUAUAUAUUAUGAGU